GGCAGGCAAGUACCUUACAGGCCAUAUCAUUCUUCAAAUUCUUCUCUCCCAUUCUCUAAUUACGCAAGGUAAUUAUCAUUUCUAUAUAACCCGCCUUGUUCCCAUACCAAAUUCACCUUUCCAUGCCCAACUUCUUUCCUUUUAUCUGCACCUGACCUCUUGGUUUUCACAGCCAACGAAAGGUAAUUAACGCGAUCGCCAUACAUACCCUCUUUAUCCGCGCCUUUAUUUCAUCAUGACUGGUAAAUUCUGGUCUCCUGCAGAGGAGAAAUACUUCUGGAAGACUGUCGUCGCCCACUCUGUUAAGCGUGCCCCUGUCGACCUUCCUAACGACGAGAAAACCUGGGAAGAGCUUGCAGCCGAUAUGCAGAAGGCAAUGGAGCAACAGGGCACCGCUCGCCGAUGGUACACUGGCUCUGUGUUGUGUAAGGAUUCAUACUGUCUUCGCUCGUGAUUACAAUGAGAAAAGCUGACAAAUUUCUAUCCAGUUGAGCAUUACUUCCAGAAUGUCGAAGGAGAUAGAAGAUCUCCAAAUGCUACUCCGUACGUCGUUGAGUACAUGAAAAAGCUCGGUAUGUCCUUUAUUCUUCUUGAUGCUUUCUGGACUACACUAACAAGACUUCUCAAGGGCCAUUCCGUCGCAUCAUCAAUCCUCGUUCAGGACCUCGUGGUGGUCGCCCUCGCCGCAGG